AUGUCUGAUUUGCCUUUCUGGUCACUACCGGAUAGAGCCAAGAAGGAUUUCCGUAUUGUAGUCGGUAUCGACUUUGGGACAACCUUCUCAAGCUAUGCCUUUGCUGACAAAGAAAAUCCGAAUCAAAUCGAAAGCCAAGACACAUGGCCAGAAGAAAAAGGUCCGCUGAGAACAAACACCGCUCUCCAAUAUGACAAUGAAUGGAAAGUAAUCAAAUGGGGAUAUGCUGCAUUGGCUGAGCGCCCUAGAACGAAGAAAUUAUUUGCUCAGCCUGAGAAUCGUCCCGUAGAGCUGUUUAAAUUGCAUCUGGGAAACAUGCCUCAGGAUCGAAAACCGAGAUUGCCGAUGGGGUUAGACUAUCGAAAAGCAAUUACAGAUUAUCUUACAAAACUGAAUGAGUCUAUUAAGGAGACAAUACAAGCAAGAUGGCCGAACUUUGACUAUCACUCUCACGUAAUCAAAAUCAUGACGGUACCAGCAGAAUAUGAUGAGAAAGCACGGCAUAUUAUGCGCAUGUGCGCAUUUGAGGCGGGAAUAAUAAACACUUUAAACUCGGAAAGCUUAGAGUUUACCACUGAACCUGAGGCGGCAGCGAUAUAUUGCGUGAGCGCGUUGAAAGAACAUAAUCUUAACCCUGGCUCUACUUUCUUAGUGGUAUAUUGUGGUGAAGACACAGUAGACCUGACAACAUGGACUCUUCUUGCUGAUAACAAACUGUCUGAAAUCAUAGAACGCACUGGUGACUUUUGCGGCAGCGCUUACGUUGAUCGUGAAUUCAUAAAAUAUAUUGCAUCAGUAAUAGGCAAUUCGGCUGUGCGUAAUGUCGAGGAAAAGCACAAUACUCAACUGCAGUACAUGAUUCAGCAAUUCCACCCUGCAGUCAAAUUUGGGUUCAAUGGGGAGCGUGCCGAAUUCAUGACGAAGGAAGUGGAUAUUGAAAAACUCUGUCCAGCAUUGAUGCAAUACGUUCAGGGAGAGGAAAAAGAACGAAUGGAGGACUCAGAAUGGAUAAUUGAGCUGGAUUACGAGACUGUUAAGAGUUUCUUUGAUCCAGUUGUUGAAAGAAUUUUACGAUUAAUAAGAAACCAACUGUGCAAGACGGGAGCUACGUCAGCAAUAUUCUUGAUUGGAGAACUUUUAGAAUCAAUGUAUCUAUUACGGAGGGUUAGGAGCGAAUUCUCAAGUGAAGUUGGUACUAUUGCUGUUCCACCACGACAUAUUGCUGCUGUCUCACGGGGUGCGGUAUACUAUGGUCUCCAUAUUAGUGCAGCAACAAGCCUCGAUGUAACUGCAGGACCAAGUCUCGCAGGGCCAAGCCUCGAUGUGUAA